CCUGACUGUGGUUUUGGUAUCAGAGUAGUCUCACACUCUCUGACAGAGAGAGCGGAGGUGCUGCGCUGCGCGUCGGACAGGAGGAGCUGGAUAUAUAUAAAUAAAUAUAUAUAUAUAUAUGUAUAUAUAAAGCGCACCGGGUCGGCGCAUGUAUUUGCUCAUUUUUCUCUCCAGUCUUCGAUCCCGCCGCGUCUCGUGUCGGAUGCUGGAUGAAAUUCAUCCCCGCGUCAAGAACACACCUCUGACGGACAAACCAUGGACAGUCUAGGCAGCCGCUGUAAGAUUGUGGUGGUCGGGGACACGCAAUGUGGGAAGACGGCACUGUUGCACGUUUUUGCCAAGGACUGCUAUCCAGAGAACUACGUGCCCACGGUGUUCGAAAACUACACAGCCAGUUUUGAGAUAGACAAGCAGCGGAUUGAGCUGAACAUGUGGGAUACGUCAGGUUCUUCUUAUUACGACAAUGUGAGGCCGCUGGCGUAUCCUGAUUCAGACGCGGUUCUCAUCUGUUUCGACAUCAGCCGCCCAGAGACUUUGGACAGUGUCAUAAAGAAGUGGCAAGGGGAGACGCAAGAGUUUUGUCCCAACGCCAAAGUGGUGCUGGUGGGCUGUAAACUGGACAUGAGGACAGAUGUCAACACCCUGAGGGAACUGUCCAAGCAGCGGCUCAUCCCCGUCACCCAUGAACAGGGAAGCACGAUAGCUCGACAGAUGGGGGCGGUGGCCUACGUGGAGUGCACCUCCAAGGUUUCAGAGAACAGCGUUCGAGAUGUGUUUCACAUCACCACGCUGGCGUCUGUGAGGCGGCCGCACAAGCCGCAGCUAAAACGCAGCAGUUCCCGCAGGGGCCUGAAACGAGUUUCACAGCUCCCCCUGCCGCCCCUGCCAGGUCGGACUGAGCAAAUGGACCAGGCCCCGGCCAUGAGGAAGGACCGAGCCAAGAGCUGCGUGCUCAUGUAGAGACCCAUAAUUAUAAAUAUAUAUAUGUAUAUACAUAAACACAGAAAUAUAUAACAGAGGAAGUCUAUUUAUUGUUUUUUGUUGUUGUUUUUUCCUCACAUUUUCAUUUUUUGCACUGCAGAGGAGUGAGAAAAAAAGAAACACGGCGCUGUGGAAACAAAUGCUUUGGAUUUUUUCUUUUUUUUUUUUUGUUGUUGUUGCCUGUGUGCAUAUUUUCUAAGCUGUUUACAUAUUUGUGUUGUUUUGAAAUGAUGGCAAAUUGAACUAACUCUCUGGACAUGAGGAAGCCGUGAUAGCGGAAGUGCUGUCUAGUCCUGGGUAUUAAAGAGGAAUUAAUUUCCUGAAAUGGCUCUAAUAAGAGGACGGUACACCGAAUGGUGAGGAGAGCAAAGUACGCGUGAGGAGAACCAUGUCGAAGCAGGACGUCUAUGGAUGAAUCUUGUUUUCAAAGACGGUGUUUGCUGAGCGGACAUGAGGACUAAUUGUCUACCUGCACAGUCUGAGGUUGCCUUCCUGUCGCCAUAUCUGAGAGGAGAACUUGUAUGUACAGUAAUGCUAAAAAGGGAUUAGGUGAAUGAUGGUUCAAACCAAACAUUAGGAGCUGGAAAUGAGAUUUUGUGACACUGACUGAGAUAUUGUGAAGGGGUGUGUGUGUGUGUGUGUGUGUGUGUAUGUGUGUGUGGGAGCGUUACUACCACAAGUGCAUUUUAAGAAAAAAAAGAGUCACAAAUCUGAUUUUUUUUUGCUCAUUUUAACACUAUUUUUCUCAUCAACUCCAAUUGUGUCACUUUGAUUCACUAAACUAAAUGCUGUUGUCGCUAUUUUAAAGAUGUUUCUUUGUGGAAAAUAAAGUGGUAAAAUGUUAGGGCUAUUUUGUUGUACUUUCACUAAACUCUAAAAUAAAGCAGCUUGACUGUACAGGGAGAAGAUCA